AUGGUCGUCGCCGUUCCUACUGCCAGCCUUGAGGGCAAGGUUGCUCUUGUCACUGGUGCCGGCCGUGGCAUUGGCCGCGGCGUUGCUCUUGAGCUCGGCAAGCGCGGUGCCUCCGUCAUCGUCAACUACGUCUCCUCCAAGGGCCCUGCCGAAGAAGUUGUCAAGGAGAUUGAGUCCUACGGCAAUGGCGCCAAGGCCGUUUCCAUCCAGGCCGACGUCUCCAAGGUUGCUGAGAUCAACCGCCUGUUCGAAGAGGCCAAGCAGGCAUUCGGCAAGCUCGACAUCGUCAUGAGCAACUCUGGCACCGAGAGCUGGGACAAGACAUUGGAGAUAACCGAGGAGAAGUACGACCAGGUCUUCAACCUCAACACCCGCGCGCAGUUCUUUGUCGGUCAGGCUGCCUUCAGGCACCUCGAGGACAACGGCCGUCUCAUUCUCAUGUCCAGCAUUGCCGCUGGUCUGCUCGGUGUCAAGGACCACGUCCUUUACAACGCCAGCAAGAUGGCUGUGAUCGGCAUGAUCAAGUCGUUCGCGACCGACUUCGGUGUGAGAGGCAUCACUGUCAACGGUGUGGCUCCUGGCGGAAUCAAGAGCGACAUGUUCACCCAGAACGCAUGGCACUACAUCCCCGGCGGCACUCCCGACUGGUCUGCUGAGAGGAUUGAGGGACUUAUGGCCGACCACUGCCCGCUUGGUCGGUGUGCGGUGCCACAAGACGUCGCCAGGGUGGUCGGCUUCCUGGCUAGUGAGGACGGCGGAUGGGUCAAUGGCCAAGUCAUUACCGUCUCCGGCGGUUCCUCGCAAUAA